UUGCUAAGGUUUUGCCCGUAUCCAAAUUUUUUUUUUGCAGAUUAACCUGGGCAGCCGUCAUUCACCUUUUCUAAUCAGAGUUUCCUAAAUUUCCCAAAACAUGGGGGUCAUCUUGCAAGUUUGGUGAGUCAAAGGUGGGUUGCCUGCAAAAUCGUAAUCUAUUAUGUGAGGCGUACGGCCGCUCUCCGGUGCGCUCUCCCUCGUUCUCGCUCUCUCUCUCUCGAUAACUAUGACCGCGAUCUCCACUAACCCCUGGAAUCUACUUCCCAAAAUCUCACCAAAUGUCGACCCAAACAAACAUUUUAAACCCAAUUUAUUGACUCAAAAGAGGAACAACCGCGGCUUAAUCGCAUCGUUUGUGGCGUCGAAACCCUUAGAAGAUGGGUUUAUAAUCGUAGAAGACGAUAUACAGGAUCUUCUCAAGAUUUUACCUAGAGAUUUGCGAGAGAAUUUGCAAAAUGAGCCUAGGAGGGCUCAGCUCCUAGAGGUGGUACUAGAUUUGGGACGCCGACCUGAAGCACGGUUUCUUGGUGAAUCUGGUGGUCAGUACUUAAGGAAUGCUGAGAUAUCACAAGAAGAGUUGGAGGAAGCUCAGAAUUCUGUUGGAGAAUUUGGAGGAGACAACAGGGCAGGGAUCGAGGGCACUUUACAUAGGAUAUCUGCAAUAAGAAGUCGGAAAGGGCUUAUUGUUGGAUUAACAUGCAGAGUUGGACGAGCAGUUACUGGUCAUGUUGAUAUGGUUCGUGAUCUUUUGCAAUACAAAGAAAGCAUCCUAUUUCUAGGAAGGCCUGGUGUGGGUAAGACCACUGUCAUGCGUGAGAUUGCGCGUGUCUUGGCUGAUGAACUUCACAAGAGAGUGGUAAUUGUAGACACGAGCAAUGAGAUUGGUGGAGAUGGGGAUAUUCCUCAUUCAGCAAUAGGAGGUGCGAGAAGAAUGCAAGUUCCGGAACCAUCUAUGCAGCAUAGGGUCAUGAUUGAAGCCGUAGAGAAUCACAUGCCUCAAGUGGUGAUUGUGGAUGAGAUAGGUACAGAAGCAGAGGCUCUUGCUUGUCGGUCCAUUGCUGAAAGAGGAGUAAUGCUUAUUGGUACUGCUCAUGGAGAACGAUUGGGGAAUAUAAUAAAAAAUCCUACGCUUGCUGAUCUGGUUGGAGGAGUGGAGACUGUUACUCUAGGAGAUGAUGAAGCCAGAGCUAGACGUAGCCAAAAAAGCAUUCUCGAGAGGAAGGCUCCACCAACAUUUCCUUUCCUUAUCGAGAUGCGGGAGCGGAAUUAUUGGGUAACUCAUCGGACGGAAAGGAGUGUAGAUAUGUUGCUGCAUGGUAAAAAGCCACUAGUUGAGGUUCGCAGAAGGGAUGACCAAUUUAACGUUGUGAUAGAAAGAUGGACCACAUAUGAUGGAGAUGGGAUUUGAUGGGAUUCUGUUACCCAAUAUGUUGUAAAAUGAAACAGAAGUAAAAUAAAACAAAUUUAGUUUCAUAAGGACAGUAAAAAAAAUACUCUUGCUGGGAGUAUCAUUCUCGCCGACUAUGUUGAUGAUAUUUUGGUGAUCAGUGAUGAUCAUCAAGGUAUUGUCGAUUUAAAGCAAUAUUUGAGUUCUCGUUUUCAUAUGAAGGAUUAAGGUAUUUUGAGGUAUUUGGUUGGGAUAGAGGUAGCUCGAUCCGCACAGGUAUCUCUUUAUCUCAAAUAAGUGUAAAUACCUUGUUGUUUUAUAAAUGGGGACUUGUAUCUUA